CCGCCUGAAAUUUUUGUGUGCAGUGCUCCAAUGGUACUGAUGAGGGCGCUGUGCACACAGGUUUGUCACCGCCAAUACUGACUGAACGGACAGAGAGCUUUGUGCCGAAAACUACCCUAACCUGUGACUAAUGAAUAAAAACGAGCCGCUUGAGAGAGGCCAGUAGAAGACCGUGAGGACUGUACACCAACAAGCAUGGAGUUCCCGCAACAGCAGAAGCCGGCGGUGGAGGUCGUGUACCCUCCCGGAGUAAAAGAGAUCACAGACAAAAUAAGCAACGAUGAACUGGUCAAACGAUUAAAGGUGGUGGUGAAGACCUACAUGGACAUGGAUCAAGACUCAGAAGAGGAGAAGCAGCAGUAUCUCAGCCUAGCACUUCACCUUGCCUCAGAAUUCUUCCUCAGGAAUCCAAACAAGGAUGUACGGCUACUAGUGGCCUGCUGUCUUGCCGACAUCUUCAGGAUCUACGCUCCAGAGGCCCCUUACACAUCCCAUGACAAACUCAAGGACAUCUUCCUGUUCAUCACCAGACAGCUGAAGGGUCUAGAAGACACCAAGAGUCCCCAGUUCAACAGAUAUUUCUACCUUCUGGAAAACCUGGCCUGGGUAAAGUCAUACAACAUAUGUUUUGAACUGGAAGAUUGCAAUGAGAUCUUCAUCCAGCUGUUCAAAACACUGUUCUCUGUUAUCAAUAACAGCCACAACCAAAAGGUCCAGAUGCACAUGAUGGAUUUGAUGAGUUCUAUUAUCAUGGAGGGAGAUGGAGUGACACAAGAGCUGCUGGAUACUAUUCUCAUCAACCUCAUCCCUGCACACAAGAAUUUGAACAAGCAGGCGUACGACCUCGCCAAAACUUUGCUGAAAAGGACUGUCCAGACAAUAGAGACAUGUAUCGCAAAUUUCUUUAAUCAGGUUUUAGUAAUGGGCAAGUCGUCGGUCAGUGACCUGUCAGAGCAUGUCUUUGACCUCAUCCAGGAACUGUUUGCCAUUGACCCUAUGCUGCUUACCUCUGUCAUGCCACAACUGGAAUUCAAACUUAAAAGCAAUGAUGGCGAGGAGCGUCUGGCUGUUGUACGCUUGUUAGCCAAGUUGUUUGGGGCCAAAGACUCAGAGCUGGCUUCACAGAACAGACCACUGUGGCAGUGCUUUUUAGGAAGGUUCAAUGACAUCCAUGUUCCAGUAAGGUUAGAGUGUGUAAAGUUUGCCAGCCACUGCCUGAUGAACCACCCAGACCUGGCGAAAGACCUGACAGAGUAUUUAAAGGUGCGUUCCCACGACCCAGAAGAAGCCAUCCGUCAUGAUGUAAUUGUCACCAUUAUCAACGCUGGAAAGAAAGAUUUGAACCUGGUCAAUGACCAGUUACUGGGAUUUGUACGAGAAAGGACUUUGGAUAAAAGGUGGCGUGUACGUAAGGAGGCCAUGAUGGGCCUGGCUCAGCUUUAUAAGAAAUACUGUCUCCAUCAUGAGGCAGGGAAGGAAUACGCUCAGAAAAUCAGCUGGAUCAAAGACAAGCUGCUUCACAUUUAUUAUCAGAACAGCAUUGAUGACAAGUUAUUAGUGGAGAAGAUCUUUGCCCAGUACAUGGUCCCCCACAGUCUUGACACAGAGGAGAAGAUGAAGUGUCUCUACUAUCUUUAUGCCUGCUUGGACACAAAUGCUGUCAAAGCUCUAAAUGAGAUGUGGAAGUGUCAGAACAUGCUCAGAGGCCUUGUGAAAGAGCUCCUCGAUCUUCACAAGCUUCCAGUGUCUGAGGCCAAUAAUGCAGCCAUGUUGGGGAAGCUGAUGAAUAUUGCCAAGAACCUGCCUGAUGCAGGAAAGGCUCAAGAUUUUAUGAAGAAAUUCAACCAGGUUCUUGGGGAAGACGAAAAGCUCAGAGUCCAGCUGGAGAUGCUCAUCAGCCCCACCUGCUCCUGCAAACAGGCUGAGAUCUGUGUGAGAGAGAUCACUCGGAAGCUCACAUUCCCAAAACAACCUACCAACCCCUUCCUGGAGAUGGUCAAGUUCCUUCUGGAGCGCAUCGCGCCUGUUCACAUCGACUCUGAAGCCAUCAGUGCUCUGGUGAAGCUGCUUAAUAAGUCUAUAGAGGGAACAGCAGAUGAUGACGAUGAAGGUGUUACCCCUGAUACAGCCAUCCGCUCUGGUCUGGAGCUGCUAAAGGUCCUGUCAUUUACACACCCCACGGCCUUCCACUCCUCAGAGACAUACGAGUCUCUGCUUCAGUGUUUGAAGAUGGAGGAUGACAAAGUGGCAGAGGCAGCCAUCCAGAUUUUUAGAAACACUGGGCAAAAGAUUGAGACAGAGCUACAACAGAUAAAAUCGACACUGAUUCCAGUCCUUCAUCAGAAGGCGAAGCGUGGAACACCUCACCAGGCUAAACAGGCCGUCCACUGUAUCCAUGCCAUCUUUAAUAACAAGGAAGUUCAGCUGGCUCAGAUAUUUGAGCCUCUGUCACGUAGUCUGAACGCAGACGUCCCAGAACAGCUCAUCACUCCCCUGGUCUCAUUAGGCCACAUCUCUAUGCUGGCCCCAGAUCAGUUUGCUUCACCAAUGAAGUCCAUCGUGGCAAACUUCAUUGUGAAAGACCUGCUAAUGAAUGACAGAUCAGUGGGAAACAAAAAUGGCAAGCUGUGGACGACCGAUGAGGAAGUGUCCCCUGAAGUACUAGCGAAGGUGCAGGCCAUCAAGCUGCUGGUGCGUUGGUUAUUAGGAAUGAAAAACAAUCAAUCCAAGUCGGCGAACUCAACCCUGCGCCUGCUGUCGGCCAUGUUGGUCAGCGAGGGCGACCUCACGGAGCAAAAGAAGAUCAGUAAAUCAGACAUGUCCCGUCUGAGACUGGCCGCAGGUGGUGCCAUAAUGAAGCUGGCCCAGGAGCCCUGUUACCAUGACAUCAUCACACCUGAACAGUUCCAGCUUUGCGCCCUUGUAAUCAAUGAUGAGUGCUACCAGGUUCGUCAGAUCUUUGCUCAGAAAUUGCACCUGGCUCUUGUCAAACUGCUGCUGCCUCUGGAGUACUUGGCCGUCUUCGCCCUGUGUGCCAAGGACCCGGUAAAGGAGCGGCGCGCACACGCCCGACAGUGCCUCCUCAAAAACAUCUCUGUCCGCAGAGAGUACAUCAAACAGAACCAACUGAGCCAAGAAAAGCUCAUCUCUCUUCUUCCUGAGUACGUUGUUCCUUUUAUGAUCCAUCUGCUGUCCCACGACCCAGACUUUACAAAACCACAUGAAUAUGAACAGCUUAAAGACAUCAAAGAAUGCCUGUGGUUCAUGCUUGAGGUAUUGAUGACAAAGAAUGAGAACAACAGCCACGCUUUUCUAAGGAAAAUGGUGGAGAACAUUAAACAGACGAAAGACGCACAGUCUCCUGAAGACGCCAAGGCCAAUGAGAAGCUGUAUAUCGUCUGUGAUGUCGCUCUCUUCGUGAUCGCCAACAAGAGCACUGCGUGCCACCUGGACUCUCCUAAUGACCCUCUCCUGCCCUCCAAGUUCUUUGUCACACAAGACAAGGAUUUUAAAAAUGAUAAAGAAUAUUUGUCAGCAGAUAUGAGGCAGAUGCUCCUCACUGGGAAGCCUAAACCAGCUCCGGUUCUAGCAGCUGUUAACAAGCCCCUCACAGUACCAGGGAGACGGAUCUACGUUAAGACCACCACAGCUUCAGACACAACCAGUAACACCAGCACCAUAAACAUCACCUCUCCACUGAGCUCCACGACCAUCAACAAGAACAGUAACAGCAACGCUACCAUCGAGUCCUCAGAAAGUCGAGUACAGGAAAACAACGAAAAUCCUACAAUUAAGAGAGAAGCAAAGGAGGAGACAAGUCAAAACAAGACUCCUGAGGCAUGUCCCGUAAAACGACGUGGUCGUCCACCAAAGUCCGCCUCCACUCCUGGAGCGGCUGAAAAGGGGGGAACAACAGCACCAGCAGUGGGCGGAGCUGGCAGAGGCAGGAAACGGGCGGCUGACGCCAACUCUAACACUGCUGCAGAGUCUGUGAACAGCAAGAUGUCAAAGCAGAACGAUGAAGGGACAUUGAGACAGAUCGACCUACAGAGAGAACAGGUUAGAGAGAGGCAGCCAGGAGAGGACAGAGGGAGAGCUGUAGGGACAGAUGUCCCCCUGUUGGACAGUGAGGGUGACACAGAGAUGGAGUCCAGCCCUGAGGGUGCUAACUGUGACAGUAAGGACAGACAAAGCAACAGUGCAGUUAAGUCCAACAGCCAGGGAGAGACCACGAUCAGAAUACGAAGGAGAAUCCCCUGUGGAAGAAAGUCCAACAGACCAGCAGUAAAGAGAAAACCAGUGAAGUUGAGAAGGUAGAGAACAGGCCACACUCUGCCUCAUCCACUUUCCUCGACCUGACGCACAUGCUCCUGUCUUUUAAAAGCUUUCCUUUUCCCUGGACUCUUUGGACCUUUUCCUGAAGUACACACAUAAAGUAUACAUACAGUACACGUAUGUGUACACACCACUUUUAACACCCUUUAGUCACUGUGUGUAGAUAUUACCCAGCAAUAUUAUUUUUAUUCCUUUUUUGCUUCUCUUCUGGAAGCAUUUUAAAAAGAAAUGGACAUUUUACUGAAGUUUUAUUUGUUGCUAAUUAAAUUCCCUGGGUAAACUGAGCUCUUCUUCCUCCUGUCUCUUGCAGCACAUUCUUUUUCAACUUUGACAUGCCACUGUUCAUUUUUGUAAAUACUGAAAAAAGUUCCCAAAAGAAAGUUCCAAAUAUUGGGUUCGAAACUGCAGCAUACAGCUACAAUGUAGGAGCAUCACUGCAUUUAAUCAACAUACUAGCACCAAAAUUUUAUAAACUUUGAUAUGUUUAGGAUCCUAACCUUUGGUAAGCUUCAGUGCUUUAGCUGGGUUAUAGCGUUACGAGGCCUGGUAGAAACUGUUAGAGGCUUCCUUACUACCAGCUCUAAUGCUUUUUUAAGGCCUUGAAUUUAUUUUCUUUGACAAAUGAUUUUUUCACACAUUUCUGGACACUGUUCUGACCAGUUUGAUUCCAAAACUGGUUUUAGAACAUUUUUGCUUUUACUGCUGAAAUGCAUCUUCAAUAUAUUACAAGAAUGUGUUCAGGUUUUUGUUGAUCUUUUACAAUAAAAUAUUUUUUGUACUUUGGUCAGUUUUCUGUUGGGUGAAGCCUGGUUUUAUCUCUGAGUGAGUGGAAACCUCGCAGAUGGUGUUAAACAACUUUUUAUGUAGUUAAAGUAUGCAUAUUCAUGAUCAUAUUUAAUUUUUUUCCAGAAAAUAAAUUCUUUUAGAUGUA